AAUUUUGGGUAAUUUGAAAUUAAGGAAACGCAUUUAAUUGUAGUAUUUUUUUUUUAUAAUUAUGUUGGUCACACAAUUUGGUAUUAAUAUUGGCGCUAGCGGUCUAAGCUGGCCCACGCGUCUCUCUCCUCGCUAAUAACCGGCAAUAACAACGAUCAACCAUAAUAAUAUCAACCAUAAUAAUGAGUUUUCUGAAGCCCAAAACACACAUAGAGCAAGGCGACAUUGUCAUUCUCUAUCUGAGCGUGAACUCCAUGCACGCCAUAGAAGCGGUGCCGACAAUAGUAAACAAGAAAGGCGAAACCAUAGCGCACAUCUUCCAGACUCCCUACGGCUCACUAAAAGUGCAAAGUAUUAUUGGUGUGGAGUAUGGAAGUCGGGUGGAACUGUCCAAAGGUUGGGCGUAUGUAUUGCAGCCAAAUCCCGAGCUGUGGACGCAAACGUUGCCGCAUCGCACACAAAUUAUAUAUACGCCGGACAUAAGCAUGAUACUGCAUCAGCUGGAAGUACGCCCUGGCGCAGUGGUCGUUGAGUCUGGCACCGGUUCCGGUUCCUUGUCACAUUAUUUUCUGCGUGCUCUGAAACCAACGGGUCACCUGCACACCUUCGACUUUCAUGAGGCGCGAGCGGAUCAGGCGCGCGAUGAAUUUAAGCGGCAUGGUCUCGGCGACUUUGUAACGGUCUAUCAUCGAGAUGUGUGCAAUUUGGGCUUCACUAGCGAGUUGGAUGGUGUGGCCGAUGCGGUCUUUUUGGAUCUGCCCGCGCCAGAUUUGGCAGUGCCACAUGCAUUCAAGGCGUUGAAGUUGUCGGGUGGUCGCUUUUGCUCGUUCUCCCCAUGCAUAGAGCAAUCGCAGCGUUGUAUUAAUGGUCUCAUCAAACUGGGCUUCACUGAAAUCUGUUCUAUGGAGGUGCUGCAGCAGGAGAGUGUGAUUAAAACCCGUUCAUUGCCUGUCAUCGAUUUGGAGUUUCUCAAGAUGCCUAAAAGCAGCGAGGCGAAUUCGAUAGAUGAUAGCAAAGCGAAGGAACCCAAGGAGCUGAAAAAGUAUCUAACAUCUAGUUGUCCCCAAGUGCUGCCUGGUCACACGGGCUUUCUCACCUUUGCCACGUUACCGCCCAACAUACCAAAGGCGUGAAUAUGUGCGAGUCGUUUGCUUAAUAAAUCUGUAGCUACUUUUUA